UGGUGCUGCUUCCUGUUUAGAGAAAGAUGUAGUGUAUUGUGUAUUGGAUGAUAAUUGAUUAUUUGAUAAACAGGUUAACACAUAUCAAAUCAAUGUCAUGGCAAAUAAGGCGACACGUUAUCAUUAUAUAUAUUUUGACGAUAUGAAAGGUUAAUAACUUCUGAGUGUACGACUGACUCAUCUGCUUUCAGCUCGAUGACAGAUCUGAUGUUUGACAGAUCGUCGUGUGUCGAGUGUAUGGACUGAAUAAUGUCGUUCGUAGCAACGAAUUCUAAUUUAAACCACAGUGAUCUUUUAAACGAGAACCGCAUAAAAAUGGAUGACCAUUGCAACACAGGAGAUUUGAUGGGGCCUCUGGGACUGCUGGUGCAAGCUGUUUUGGCCUUUCUAGCCUUCACUUCACUCAUAGUAAAAAGAUAUUGUGAGCCAAAAUAUGAACGUAGACCUUGGAAGAUCUGGGCUUUUGAUACAUCAAAACAGGCUUUAGGAGCUAUGGUCAUCCAUUUUGCCAACAUCCUCCUGGCAGAUAUUUUCCAAGGAGAUCCAUGUACAUGGUACUUUAUAAGUUUUAUGCUGGACUCCACCAUAGGGCUAUUUGUGGUAUACCUAGGUUUAAAAAUGACCCAAAUUAUUGUCAAAAAAUACAAUUACCAGUCACUCAAGUUUGGAGAAUAUGGCAGUCCUCCGGAGUGUAAUGCCUGGGUGGGACAGUGCGGACUGUAUAUCUUGGUCAUGAUCAUUGAAAAGUUCCUCAUGACCCUCCUGGUACAGUUUGACUUCUGGAAAGAUGUGAGGUCAUUUUUAAUGUCUCCUGUGAAGGACCCUCAUGUAGAGCUCAUCAUUGUCAUGUUCAUCAUACCACUGAUUGUUAAUGCAUUUAUAUUCUGGGUUGUUGACAACUUCCUGAAGAGAGAAAUGAAAGGGACAAAAAGAAUUUAUGUAAGUGACAAUGACCCUUCCGUCAAGUUCUACAAAAUGACGGAACAGGUGCGCUGUUACAAUCGAAUAGAAAAAGCUGAGGACUUUAUAGAAUCAGAUCUGCUUGUGUCGACAGAUGAAGAAGGAGAUGCCAGGCGCAGACUGGAUGGGACGGAACGUCUUAUCGCAUAGGGCAGUCACAGAAACAUCAUUCAUCACUGCUUUUUGUAAUGUGAUACAGCAUGCCUUCACGCCAAUCCUGACUGAUUCACCUUCUGUAGUCACGCCCCUAAAGCUAUUUUUUCAAAAAGUUGGCAUUGUUCUCCUAUGAGAGGUGAAAUAAAUGUGAUACCAAAGGUUUACUGAAGCUUACAGACCAGAAUUCAAACUGUUUGCCAGCUAAACAUGGAUCACCCGACACGGAUGUUCAUAAUGGAUACAGCUUUACUGGAAUUACAAAGCCUUCCCCAUGUAAAAUUGUUUUGUUUACUGUAAAUAGCUUUAGAGUGGUCCACUGUAAAGGUUCUAUAGGCUGAAAGGUUUAACAUUAUACAGGUACUAUAUCACAGGUUCCACAAUACAAAGGUUCUAUAUCAAGCAGGUUCUGUGUUAUACAGGUCUUUUGUUAAAGUAGUCUGUUAUACUAACUUUCUAGUUCUGUGUUAAACAAGUUCUAACAGAGAUACAGUUAAUAUUGCACAAGUAGAACUUGACAAGGCCAGUGAUAAAUCUACAUGCGAGUCCCAAGUCCUGUACUCACAGAAUUUCUGGAAUUAGUUAAAUUUAACAUUGUGGGACUCAUUGUUUUUAGCAAUACAGUUGAAAAUAAAUUGUAAAUGGAUCACUGCUGAAGGUCAUAAAAAAUCAAAGCAAUUCGGGGGAUCAUAGAAAUCUCUGUGUGUUUGAUCUUUUUGAGAUCAGAUUUGUCAAGAGUUUCCCUACAAUAAACAAUAUCUACACAUUUAUUUGAAGACUACAUGAAGCAGUCAGUCACCAGCGUCAUUUGUGUUACUCCUGAUGCCAAGAGUUGAGCCAACACUUAUCAGCACUAUAAGUAAUGUAAACUGUCAAAUUAUCACAAGUUUUGGAAGGAUGAUAUAGAGUGGGGACCAGAUCUGUAUUUGACUCACCAGUGUAAGACACAUGCUGAUCAAAUUACUGUAAUUCAUAUCGAGAAACUUAAGUUUGACUUGUACAGAUUUACUGAAAAUGUAUUUUUCUUGUGGUUUAUUUACACAUAAUUGAGAAAAAAUGUUUUUAUUGCUUUUUGAAUGAUUUUUAAACUCGAGGUAAACCAGUCCCAAUUUUGAGAUGUAUGGAGACAUGCUCUAACAUUAGGUUUUAAUAUUGUGUAAGAUACCGUAUAUGUGCUUCAAAAAAUCCAUUAGACAUUUUCAUUCUGAUAAGUCCUGUAACAAAUUACAUGUCUUUGUCAAAACAAAAAAGCAUUUUGCACACUCAAAAUCAAUAUAAUAAAUCCUGCAGAUCUCGUCAUUAAAACCUGAAAUAAAUCUGGAUAGCUAUCAUACCACAUCAUAGUUUGUGAUUGUAUGGCCUCUGCAUUAGUGCAGCUAAUUGAGCAAUCAUGUCAAAUGUGUUCAGAAUCAGGUCUAUUUAACAGUGUCUGUGUCAUUACAAAUUUCCCCAUUACCAGUAUCUACAAAAAUACACAUUUUUUGUUUUACAAUA